AUGUCUUCUUUAGUGUCUAAAACCCAAUCUACUCUCUCAAAAUCUGAAAAUAUCACAAGCAACACCAACACUAUUAAAGAUCAACAAGACCCAGAAAUCUUUAACUCCGUGACUAGCUUUGUCUAUCUAAAACCAGUACACUCAACUGAAACACUAGCUAAAGAGGAGGUUUUGAAGAGGAUACGACAACGCAAGCGCGUGAACAAGGUUCGAGGUAGUCUGCAAGGCUUUCUUGGAUGGUUGUUUUCGUCGAAAAGUGAGAAUAAGGUCUCUGUCAAGUGGGUAGAUGAUGCUUUUGCUGCACCAUGA